GGGGCGCUGGGGGCCGGGCUGGGGAGGCCGAACGCGGCCGCGAGGUUGGGCGAGUUUCCCGGCCUCGCCCCGCUGCGCAGCGGCGUCUCUGACGGCGUUUUCACAGCCGAAUUUCGUCGUUAUGGCGCCCCAUUCCGCCGCCCGGGACGCGUGUGCCAGCCACGUCAGCGCGUUCCCGAGCGACCCGGGCGCCCUGUCCGGGUCGCCGCUGCGGGCGUCUCCGCGCCCUCGGGCCGGCCCGGCGGCGCCAGCGCGUUAGGGCUCAAAUCUGCAGGUGGCAGAUGCAGCCAGGAGGGCGCUUCCUAGGGGCGGAGAGCCGGGAACCGAGCGGGAAGGGACAGCAGGAGAACGCGGACACCUGACGAUCGUGCGUGUCAAUCACCUGGUAACACCCCGCACCUCCUGGAAGCCCGCCCCGGACCGGGCCAAUAAAAGGAAACCACCUUGGAGUCGGUAACGUCUUUCUCCCCUCGUGGAGACUGUCCCGUUCUUCUCUCUGGAGCGUAUUAUCACGCUGUGUAGCUUUCUUCUCUUUCUUCUUUUCUGCAGUGAAAGCUGUUUGUAUGGAAUUGCUUCCGGUCUGUGUUCACUCGCACGGGCCCUGCUUGCGAGUCUUCCAAGCAAGGAGCCAAAGAACCAGGACAACAUUUCUCUCGAAAACCCAACCCUGACAAGCGCGGGCUCUCAGAAAUGCCCAGCCACCCGGUGCAGUUUUACUUUCCGGGCGGGGAGACGGGGGAAGCUGACCCCCUCCCGCCCAACCUAGGGCUCCCCCCAGCGGGGGUCUGCAGAGUCCCCGCCCCGGCGUGCAAGAGGGUUUGGAGCUGAGGGGCGGUGACUAAGACCCGCGCACAUUGACAGCCCUGCUCCCGUAAGGGUGUUUCGUCAACUGCGGACGUCAUAAACGAUGGUGGUUCCUAAUGCUGUAAAGAGAUUAUAAAUCUACUGAAUGAAAAAAUUUUUCUUGAAGUUGCAUAUACUCCAAGAAAAAAACUACAAAUGUUUUUCUGUUUUGCCUAAAUACAAGAUUUAAAUAAGAAGUUUCCACAGACGAACAGUGAAAACCUGGCCCACAGACUGACAUGUGAGACUCACGGCGGUGAACAGGCAACAGCAAGAGCUGGGAGCAGGUUUGGGGAGGCAGAGGAAGAGCUGGUCCAUGGUGACUCCUCAGGUUGCUGUGGCAAGACCCAGUGCCCAGCUGGUGUCCCUGUGAGGGAGGUGCCAGUGCCAAGGACAAUCUUGGGUGUUAUCAGCCAGCCCUGUGGCCGUCACGAUGUUCUGGAAGUUUGACCUGAACACCACGUCCCAUGUCGACAAGUUGCUGGACAAGGAGCACGUGACGCUGCGGGAGCUGAUGGAUGAAGAUGACAUCCUGCAGGAGUGUAAGGCUCAGAACCAGAAGCUGCUGGACUUCCUGUGCAGGCAGCAGUGUAUGGAGGAGCUGGUGAGCCUUGUCACGCAGGACCCGCCUCUGGACAUGGAGGAGAAGGUCCGCUUCAAAUACCCAAACACAGCCUGUGAGCUUCUGACUUGUGAUGUGCCGCAGAUCAGCGACAGACUGGGCGGGGACGGGCGUCUGCUGGGCCUCCUCUGUGACUUCCUGGGCCGCGAGCCGCCGCUCAACCCGCUGCUCGCCAGUUUCUUCAGCAAGACCAUCGGCAGCCUCAUCGCAAGGAAGACCGAGCAGGUGAUUAUGUUCUUGAAGACGAAGGACAAGUUCAUCAGCCUGGUGUUGAAGCACAUUGGCACCUCGGCUCUCAUGGACCUGCUGUUGCGCCUGGUCAGCUGUGUGGAGCCUGCUGGGCUCCGGCAGGAAGUCCUGCAGUGGCUUGAUGAAGAGAAGAUCAUCCAGAGACUUGUGGAAUUGAUCCAUCCGAGUCAGGAUGAGGACAAGCAGUCGAAUGCGUCUCAGACUCUCUGCGACAUCGUUAGGCUGGGCAGAGACCAGGGCAGUCAGCUGCAGGAGGCUGCGGAGCCAGACCCCCUCCUCGCCACGCUGGAGUCGCAGGACUGCGUGGAGCAGCUUCUGAGGAACAUGUUUGAUGAAGACCAGACCGAGAGCUGCCUUGUCAGCGGGACUCAGGUGUUACUCACCUUGCUGGAAACCAGACGGGCUGGGACAGAGGGCUUGGUGGACUCCUUUUCUCAGGGACUGGAAAGGUCGUACGUCGUCAGCAGCAGUGUACUGCAGGGCAUCGAGCCACGGCUGAAGGACUUCCACCAGCUCCUGCUCAACCCGCCAAAGAAAAAAGCAAUCCUGACCACCAUCGGUGUGCUAGAGGAGCCCCUGGGGAACGCCCGUCUGCACGGUGCCCGCCUCAUGGCCGCACUGCUGCACACAAACACGCCCAGCAUCAACCAGGAGCUCUGCCGGCUCAACACCAUGGACUUGCUGCUGGACUUGUUUUUUAAAUAUACCUGGAAUAACUUUCUGCACUUCCAAGUGGAACUAUGCAUAGCCGCCAUUCUCUCCCACACUGCCCGGGAGGAGAGAGCAGACGCCAGCGGAUGCGAGAGCAGGGCAGAGCCUCUGCCUGCGAACGUGAAUGGGAGCCUGGAGACCCCCCAGCCUGCCGCUGGCCUCCCUGAGAACAUGAUGGUGACCCACCUGUUCCAGAAGUGCUGCCUGGUACAGAGGAUCCUGGAGGCCUGGGAAGCCAACGACCACACACAGGCCGCGGGUGGCAUGAGGCGCGGGAACAUGGGCCACCUCACGAGGAUCGCCAAUGCAGUGGUACAGAACCUGGAGCGUGGGCCCGUGCAGACCCACAUCCGUGAGGUCAUCCGAGGGCUCCCUGCGGAUUGCCGUGGCCGCUGGGAGAGCUUUGUGGAGGAGACGCUGACUGAGACCAACCGCAGGAACACCGUGGACCUGGUGAGCACUCACCACCUUCACUCCUCAAGUGAGGACGAGGACAUUGAGGGUGCUUUCCCUAACGAGCUGUCCCUUCAGCAGGCUUUCUCCGAGUACCAGAUCCAGCAGAUGACAGCCAACUUUGUAGAUCAGUUUGGCUUCAACGACGAGGAGUUUGCAGACCAAGACGACAACAUCAAUGCCCCGUUUGACAGGAUCGCAGAGAUUAACUUCAACAUCCAUGCUGACGAGGACAGUCCCAGCGCAGCUCUGUUUGAGGCCUGCUGCAGCGACCGCAUCCAGCCCUUUGACGAUGACGAGGAGGAGGACAUCUGGGAAGACAAGGAGACUCGCUGUGUCACCCGGGCGAUGGCCAGAGCCAGGUUUGGAGCCCCCCAGGCUUCAGAGAGCUGCUCAAAGAAUGGCCCGGAGCACCAAGGCCGGGAUGGGAAGGUGCGCCUGGAAGCAGACAGGGACACGCCUGGGGCAGGCACCCCCACGGUCCCCGUGAGCAAUGAAGGUCCCCCCAUGGAGGCUGAUUCAGAAGAGGGCGCUGCGUGGACGGCGGUGUUUGAUGACCCAGUGAACGCUACACCCACGGCCCCAGGAGUGGUGAGGGACAUGGGUUCCAGCGUGUGGGCAGCCAGCGCCUUGGCUCCAGAGGAGAGAGGCUGGGCCAAGUUCUCCGACUUCCAGCCUUUCUGCUGCUCCGAGUCAGGCCCCAGGUGCAGCUCCCCCGUGGACACGGAACACAGCCCUGCCGAGGGCGGCCGCGGCCAGGACCUGGAGAAAGCCUUUGGCCCAGCCUCCCCGUGUGCUUGGAAUGUGUGUGUCACCAGGAAGGCCCCCCUGGUGGUCUCCGACAGCAGCUCCUCGGGGGGGUCCGACAGCGAGGAUGACGAGAAGGCAGCUGGUGCCACGGAAACCGCACGCAGGAGCCCCAGCCAGGAGGCCCCCCCGCUGCCCACAGUGGCCAGGACCGAGGAGGCUGUUGUCAGCAGGGCCGAGUGUAUGGACAGCAUGCUGCCAGACCCUGCCCGCCCCACCGCUGCGGAAGUCACCACCGCCCUGGCCGUGGCUGCGCCCCCGGAGACCACCACCACAGCACCGAGCAAGGCUGGCCCCCCGGUGGCCCCCACGGCAGUCUCUUCUGCAGUGGCUGUGGCAGUCCCCCCAGGGCCCAUCGUGGCAGUUGCCCUGGGGACAGUGACAAAGGACAGGAAGACCGACGCCCUGCCAGGAGGAGCUGCCUUAAACGGCCCCGUGUGAUGCUGCUGCUGCCCGGCCACGGCCCGCCCUGGCCAGGCUGCAUCCUUAAUCAAGAAAACUACCUGGUGAUGCAAUUUGGUUUUCUUUUUUAAUUUAAUUUAAUUUUAAAAUAAAUGCUGCAUUGGUAAAGCUGGCAGUUGGAACCAGUCGGAGGGCCCAGCUUUCGUCUCUCCUGACCAGCCUGAGUGGGCCCUGGGUCACCCCUGCUGGAGGACAAGGAUGCCCCUCAGCCUUGCCCAGGGCCUAAGCACAGCAGCCUCAGGUACGCAGCCUCUGCCUGCAGGGCUGGGGCCACAUCCUGAGAUGCCACCAGGACCUGAUGGGCCAGGAAGGGCAUGGAUGUGAGGCUCGGUUUUUACUGAUUUUUUUUUUUUUUUUUUUUUUAAUGAGUACAGGAAGAGCCAAGUUUUUUGCACUUUGUAUCCAGCUGCAGCGAGGGGUCUCCCCGGCUUGGGGCAGAGCUGAGGGCCUGGGCAGGGGAAACCCAACUCCCACAAACAUGUGGGCGUCCGGGCAGGAGCACAUCUGGCCAGGCAGGGUCUCGGACCCCAAAGGGUGUAGCUGCUCCAAGCCCUGGGAGCUAGCAUUGAACCAGGCUGCAAAAUUUGACUGCCUUAAAAAACCAAGACCAUCUAGGCCUGGUGGGAGUGUCCCUGUCCCCAGCAGCACUCUGGAGUAGGUAGAUGGGGUGCCUGGUGGGAGCUGACCUGACGUGUGGGUGGGGGGCACGGCAGGGUGCUGAGGGGCUUGGCACCACGCAGAGGGAAGGGUCCAAAAGAUCAUCUUACGUUGAGUCUAUUUUUAAUGUUCUGAUUGUCUGCCAGGGCGCCCAGAACCCCUGAUCCCCAAUAAAAGCUGUGUCCUUCUU